AUGUCGUGUGUGAAGAUUCCUGAUGUUUGGAUAGAGCAAAGGCAUGUGUCGUGGCCGUUGACAAUACAAGACGACUCUGGGAUGGCAGUUUGUCUGUUUGAGAUACGAAUCGAAUCUCAUGGGCUUCUACAGAAGAACGGCAGCACCCGAAAAACGCCACUACUUGGACAAUUAGACUUCAUGGCAGAAAAUGGUGGGCUGAAUCUAUAUUAUUUUGAAGAAUCGUAUCUGCUCUACAUGUGA